AUGUCGGGCAUUGGCGCCUCGAGCUACGCACCCAGGUCUCCAGACCUCUCAUCUUUAUAUAGCUCCGCCGGCCCCACCCACCAACACUUGCAGACCCAUGCCGAAGUCCUUCAAGUACCAGGCCCCAAACCGCUAUCACAGCAAACACUUUUUUCUCCGCAACACCAACACCACCACUUACAAGCGCAGUCGCAACCACACCUCCAACCUCUGCCCACCACCACCACCGCAACACAACCCUUUGGCCUUUCUACGAACACGUAUCAAGACCAUCGCGCUUCGCAAUAUUGGCAAAACCCGUCGCAGUAUCUCCCACCACGCUCUCAGCCCGACAACAGCUUCUCGACGAAUCACUAUUCGCAGCCGCAGCAAUCCGAGCGCCCGCCUCGCAUCCCCUUCACAAACAACCACGCGACAGGGGUUUGGAACGCGCAACAGCAAGCUUCGCAACGUGAUCUGCAUCAAUUGCAGAAUCAACACCAGUACAAAUACAACCAGCAGCAACCGCAGCAACCACUACAACAACAGGCCUAUCCGCAGCUGUUCUCACAUACGCAACCGCAGGAGCAUCAACAGCAGCAGCGCUUGACGCGAUCGCAGGCGCAACGGCCCCUCCAGCCUCUUCCUUCGCAUACUUCUAAUCCCAACCCGCCACCGGCCCCCGAACAGACCAAUAUCCAAGCUGCGUCAUCUGUAGCGGCGCAGACCACCAAUACGAUGCCACCCAAGCGGGCCGUCGCGCAAGCUGCGCAGCAACCCCAACCUUCUCCGAUCCAGCCCUCGCUCGUAAAGACCAAGUUCCCAACGGCGCGCAUUAAGCGCAUCAUGCAGGCAGACGAAGAGGUUGGCAAGGUGGCACAACAGACGCCGAUCGCAGUGGGCAAGGCACUCGAGCUGUUCAUGGUACAAUUGGUGACAAAAAGCGCAGACAUCGCGCGUGAGCGUAACUCGAAACGCGUAUCGGCACAGAUGCUCAAGCAGGUGGUGGAGUCAGACGACCAGUGGGAUUUCCUACGAGAAAUUACCAGCAAGAUAGAGAACGAUGACAAGGAGAAGCCAGCAGCCUCCGCGAGCGGCAGAGGCCGAACAAAGGCAGAGAGCGAGAGCGAGGAAGAAGCCCCGCCAGAAAAGAAAGGCAGAGGAGGAGCCGGGCGAGGAGGAGGGAGGGGAAGGAAGAAGUCUACCGCCUAG